CUCCUAUUCAAUAUUGUGGUCGUCGGAGUAAAGAGGUCGUAUGAGGGUUUUUCUACACGAACACAAGUAUGUCUUCGUACAUGCACACUCACUGGAGGGAUUUAGAUGCAUGGAAGAAGGAAGGUCUGAUCUUCUCUACAACCAGUAAUGAAGCAGUCAAGCUAUUUGAUGCAGCUCUUACCCAGUACACUGGUUGGUAUGAAGAGCCUAGUGUUGGUGGCCUUGAAAAGUCUCUCACUGAUCUCCUUGCCGCAGACCCUAACUUUGUGAUGGGUCAUGUCAUGAGUAACGGUAUUGAACUAAUUUCAUCCACAUCUGAUGUGGACACCAACCCUCAGCUAAAACAAGGUAUGAACACCUUGACAAGUCUUGCUGCAAAGGGCAACAUCACUGACCGUGAGAGACUGCAUGUUCAGGCUGUCAAAGAAUGGGCUGAUGGGAACACYAUUAAAGCUGCUUUACUGUGGGAAGACAUUCUUACAGAUCAUCCAACCGACAUGUUCGCCUUAAAGAUGGCACACGAUACGUAUUUUUAUCUUGGUUUACAACCACAAAUGAGAGACUCCAUCGCUCGUGUCUUUCCCAGCUGGAAGUCUAACUUGCCUCUUUACUCAUAUCUUCAUGGUAUGUACGCAUUUGGAUUGGUUGAGACUAACAUGUACGCGGAUGCCGAGAAACAUGCUCUACAGGGUCUUCAGCUAAAUCCUCGUGACUGCUGGUCAACUCAUGCACAGGCUCAUGUGCUUGAGAUGAUGGGACGUCAGACCGAAGGGAUUUCAUUUUUGAGUACAACAAUGGACAACUGGACAAAAGGUGCCAUGCUUGCCUGUCACAACUUUUGGCACUGGGCGAUUUACCACAUCGAAAAGGGAGAAUAUGAAGCUGCUCUUGGGGUGUUCGACAGUCAAGUUGGUCAGCGAGUAAAAUCAGGUGCCAUGCUCGACAUGGUAGAUGCGUCUUCCCUACUUUACAGACUGGAAAUGGAAGGCGUUGAUGUGGGAAACCGCUGGAAUGAGCUUUACGGGAUUUGGGACUCACACGCUCACGAUCACAUCUUGGUAUUCAAUGACGUUCACAUGUUGAUGUGUACGCUUGGCGCCAAACACGAAGCCAAGACCAAUGAGCUUAUGGACUCUCUGAGGGAUUAUAUCAGAAACGGCAGCGGUACGAACUGUGAGGUUACUCGUGAAGUUGGUUUGGCGCUGUGUGAAGCAUUUCAAUUGGUAGACCAGAAAAAAUACGAUCAAGCUGUGAACUUACUCAAGCCUGUUCGAUACAAGAUUGUGAAGAUUGGUGGAAGUAACGCACAGAGAGACCUGUUUAACUUGUUUUUGAUCCACGCUGCGCUGUUGUCAUCAACUAAAGAAAACAGGAUAUUUGCAAGGAGACUUUUGGCUGAGCGAAAAGCCUUGAAGGAGAACGCACCCAUGACCGACCGACUGAUGGCUAAAGCCAUGGCACAACACGUGGAGGAACACUAAAUCAAGAUUAUUUUCUGCUCGUUGUUCAAAGACGCCGUUCAUAGUAAUAGGUAUUCUUAGCCAGCUCCUGACCACCUCCAUGUUUGUCCCUCGAACUACGAAAGAGGCCUCGCCUCUCACAAGACGCGGGGACUUCUUCCCAAAAACUCAAGAGUCUUAUAUUGAACACAUACCCUAAUCAUAUGUAACAAAUUAAUUAGUAUAUAACGCAAUAAAACCAACCUGUCCUAGAAAAGCAA